AUGGAAAACUAACUUUUAGAGCAGUUUAAGAAUUAUUUAUAUUAAUAUCGUUAUGAAGAAAACGAGUACAUUUAGAGCAUGUUUUUAGAAAGAUCGUUUAAGUAUGUCGAGUUAGAGUAUAAGGAUUCGUUGACAAAUAAUAAAAUACUUAAUUUUCCUGUUUAUUCAGCUUUGUGUAUCAAUAAAUAAACAGCUGCUAUAUGUUUAUUUGAUAUAUCAACUAUGUUUAAUAUAUUGUUUCCUACAUAAAAAGAAAAAGAUGAAUUUGAAUACCUAAUUACUAGCUAAACAGCUGUAUGCCCUUGUUGCAACGAAUAGAUUUCUUUCAACUUUUUAAUAUAUGAUAGUUUUUUAGCUAAUUUUCAUGAAUAAAUCUCAAAAAAAUAAUCAUAAUUAAAUGAAGCCCCGCUUCUCAAGUUAGAGAAAAUUAGAAAUUAGAGUUCAGUAAAGUAUAAUCUGGUCAAUAGUUAGCAAAUUGAAUACCAGGGAAUUGUAAAAAUAAAUGAAAAAGUUAAUCACUUCUCAAUAGACCAAUAUUAAAGAAUGUAGCACGAUUUAGAAAAAGAAAUUGAUUAAUUAUAAGAAAAAAAGGAUUAUCAAUCAAAAGAGAGUCAGUAGUAGAUUGAAUCAGAGAUAAAAUUAAGAUAAACGAUUCAAAAUAUAAUUGCUGAUGAGCAUAAUAGAAAAGCUGAUGAGCCUUCCACUUACUUAAAAUAGGAAUAACCUUUUAGAAUAUUAAAAAUUGGUUAAGGAGAUGGUUAAGAAUAUAAAUCUGUUUAAAAUAGUAAAAUAUAUUUUUUUGCAAAUAAUAAGCUAUAUAUAGGCUAGUCUUAGCUUUAUUUAUUAAAAAGAUUCUAAAUAUUCAAUCUCUAUAUCAAAAGAAAUGAAUAAGCAAUAGGUAUUUUUUCUUUACAAAAUAACAUUUUUAGAUUUUAGCAAUUGAUUUUCUUUUAUUAAGAAAUUAGAAUAAAAAAAACUAAUCUUCUUUAUAAUUAUAAAUUUAUAUGA